AGUUAAGAAAAGUGAAUUGACAAUACCGCCAAAUCUGUUGAUUACGAAGACUUUCCCGUUAGGAAGAGAGUCCACGUAAGAGUCAUACGAAGUAAGCACUAGUCACAUCUAGCGCACGUUAGCGUGAGUAAGGUCAUAGAUGAGAACGGAGAAAGUAAUGAGUGUGGCGGAAAUAUCAAAGAAACACUUCCAUUAAUUUAUCCACAUAUUGCUACUCUCUUCUCUUCAUUCUUCUAAUCUCUUCUCUCUUUCAAUUCCCUUCUUUUGCGAUCUCUUUUGUUCUCUCUCCCAUGGACUCCUCCCUCGCGAUUCGAUCCUUUCAAUAUCCCAUAGGCACUAUGCCCCAAGUGAGAUCCCCCAUUGAGAGGGCAACUGUAAUUCCCUGCCAUAAAGUCCGAUGGAACUCUAAUAGUGGGAUUUUUCAGCAUUUGACACAUAGUGAGAACCACAUUUACUUUCACACCAGGGGGAAGAAGACACUGGUUUCAUGUGCAAAAACAGUUGAAGCUAUCAACACAACCAAGUCUGAUGCUUCUUCGGACAGCACUCUGCAAAACUCGUUAGAGAAAGAGCAAUUGCAAAUUGCUGCUUUUCCUAAUGGAUUUGAGGCUUUGGUAUUAGAGGUCUGUGAUGAGACUGAAAUCGCUGAACUGAAAUUAAAGGUUGGUGAGUUUGAGAUGCAUCUUAAGCGAAACAUAGGAGCAACAAAAGCUCCAUUGUCUAACAUUUCACCAACUAUACCACCACCUAUUCCAAGUAAACCUAUGGACGAAUCAGCACCUGCUACCCCACAGCCAUUGCUGCCAAAAUCAUCUUCAGAAAAAACCAACCCAUUUGCAAACGUUUCCAGUCAGAAGUCAUCAAAGUUGACAGCAUUGGAAGCUUCUGGUUCCAAUACGUAUGUGUUAGUAUCAUCUCCUACGGUUGGCUUAUUCCGAAGGGGUAGAACAGUUAAAGGAAAGAAACAUCCUCCUCUCUGUAAAGAGGGUGAUGUAAUCAAGGAAGGGCAAGUCAUAGGGUAUUUGGAUCAGUUUAGCACCUCACUUCCCGUUAAGUCAGAUGUGGCUGGAGAAGUGUUAAAGCUACUUCUUGAGGAUGGAGAGCCUGUUGGUUAUGGAGAUCCCCUUCUUGCUGUCUUGCCAUCGUUCCAUGACAUUAACAUUAUGUGAUCCAGCAUUUUCCUAUUGUUGAUGAUUUAAUCCUGCGGCACUUCUUUAUCAGAGGGCUAUUGGCAUAUUGGUAAAUGUUUUUUAAUAGAUUGAGAAAUAAUUAUUUGUGCUUACAUAUUGUGUGGAACGGGGUUCCUUCGUUGAAGAUCAUACUUUGUAUACCAAUUUCUCAAAUUGUAUUCUAUUAGCUAAUUCCAAGAUCACCUUAUAAUGUAUCUUAGUGAAUGGACGCAAGCCAAAAAGACCUUGCACACUAUGAACCGAUCCUAGUACCAGGAGUUUGAUUGCUUGGUUGCAUUAUUUUGUUUGUCUAAAAAAGGUGUAGAACUUGUUUUUGAGAUAGUUGGACCAGAAUUGACAUAUUCUGCAUUGCUAUAAUGUAUGAAAA